UUUGCACAGUAACACCCAGCCAUCAAAUAUGGACCUGAGGCCUCCAGAAAAAGCGAAAAGGGAUCCUGAUUAUUUGAACAGCAAAAAACAGCCCCCACCAACAGACCUGAUGUCUUCAGAAAGAAUGAAAAGAGUGGAACGAAAUAUAGAGAAAGCGAUUGCCAGGCAACUCUCCUCAGAGCAGAACCCAAAUCCAGAUGACAGAAAAAAAUGUGAUGAUCAAACAAAAGAGCCAACACACAAUAUGGUGACACCUUCCCCUGCUACGAGAACAGAGCGCUCAAGGACGGGGUCUAUUUUGGAAGCGGAGAGCAGCACAAGCGAAACAAGCUCUAAAGUGGAGAACACGCCAUCUUCCAGAAAACCUUUAAUCCUGAGGGUGCCUCAGUCUGAGAGCUUCAGCUCCCUCAGUGACAUCAUGAAGAGGCUUCACCUUCAUGAAAGCUCUCCAGGUCGGAACAAAAGAGGACCAAAGACUGCCGUGUCAGAGAUGAGUCGGUCCAUGAUGGACCUGAGUGUAACCAACACAGAUUCAAAUCAUGAUGAGAAAGGAGUCCCGGUGCCAAGGUUCAAGGCUAGUCAGUGCUUUGACCCGGGUCAUACGCCAGCUUCCUCCCUGAUGAAGAACAGGAGUGAGGAUGUGAAACCUUUAUUAUACAGAACUCCUAAAAACUUUAUUCCCAAAGGGAGGCCUCGCAGCUCCAGUUAUGCCCUCAAUAUAGACUGGAGGAGGUCACUGGCAGAGAUGAGCAGUGAACAGGAAUGAGCAACAAGAAACAAGAGAAUUAAAGAACAAUUGGUUCAUCUCUGUAACCUUAUUUGUCAACAAGGAAAUAUGGCCGCAAGCAGUGGAUACUUUUGACCUCUUAGGUGUUUUUUUCACACAAACUGCGACCAUAGACAGUGACUCUCAAGAUGUAUUCUAAAUAACAUGAUGUACAACUUAUUCUUCUUCUGUUAAUUUCCUGUCCCACUGAAUAUGUUGGUGUUUCAUUGUUUGCUCUGUACAGUAUGUGUGUUACCUUGCUUUACCUCACAAUAUAUUUAAUAUGUAAGUAAAUUAAAUUGGCCUUUUCAUGCUGCUCACUUUGACAAGCAAAAAGUGUUUCAAGGGUAAUACUUGACAACUGUCAUAACUGACAGACUGUUUAAUUUAACAAAACUGUCAAUAUUUAAGUGCACACCAAGUUGAAAUUGACACUAUUUUUUGUGUUGUGUGUUCACACUGAUAAAAAGGCAAAACCCCAAGGGUGCUUGAUAGGUCACAGUUGAAUUAAAAAUAAAGGAGAAAUCAGGUGAAAAACUACAUGGUCGAGAAAAGGUGAUGCUCUCUGGGGGUUUUUUUCCUGGGAUUUGGGGGGCUUCAA